CAUAUGUGACCUGGUGAUCCAGAGAACCAUGGAUAUUGGCGCAAGAUCUAAAGUACAUGUACCCUACCAACGGCUUGAACAGGAGGCUGAGGUACCCGCCCCCUCAGCUGCAACAGGAACUGCAGGCAGCAUUGGAAACAUUGGCACAGUCAGCGGUAACCAAAGCCCUACUGUUGUUGGUGCAGGUCAAGUGAUUUUCCACUACAAUUCACCCCCAGAAACAGCAGCUGCUACUGUAACUGUAACAGGAGAUGUCACCACGUCUUCACCAAAUGCCAAUCCAUCUAGCCCAAGUCCGUCACCCAUUCCUUCCACACAAGCUUCAGGAGUGCCAGCACCCAGACCCCAGCAUAGUCAGAGGCCAGACCAAGAACCAAGGUUGAUGGAUCCCUGCCAAGAAGCUGGUAACAAGACUAGGGACAAGUUAAAGAUAUUUUAUAAAACAACAGGCAGUUACGUACAGUUGUUACCUGGGGUUGAUAAUGACCAAAAGCACAUAACUGGUAUAUACACCAAAGUACAGUUAGAAACACGGGAAGGGUUAGCAGAAGUCACUGAUAAGAAAGGAGAAACUGUAAACUCAACAGAGUAUGCCAAAAUAUUCAGAUUAAGGACAAAAACUGGGGAACUCAUCAAACGCCUCAUUUUCUAUGGCAUGGGGGGUGUGGGGAAGUCCACUAUUUUUGAUAAGAUUGCAUUUGACUGGGCAGAAGAGGCAAGCGAAAUCCUGAAAAGAUUCGAGCUUGUCUUUCUCUUAAAGAUGUAUGCCCUGUCACAAGAAUCUGAUCUUGUUGCUUCCACUUUCGAUCAGCUUCUAGGCGAAGAUUCAGGAAUAGCAACAGAUGAACUUGAUCAAAUCAUCCUAGCCAGCCCAAAUGAGGUCUUGAUUCUUUUGGAUGGUUUCGAUGAAAUGAGCACCAAAACACUCAAUGCAGCCUCAUUUGGUUCUAUCCUAAAAGCACUCAAUAGAACAAAAUACCGGGAAUGUGUAAUCUGUGUAUCAACACGCCCCUCUCAUCUUGAGAAACUGACGUCAAAAUCACUUAUCCAAAAUCCUUGCACACACGUAGAGGUUCUGGGGUUUACUGAUGAGGAUGUUAAUGAAUAUAUUCGGAAGUUCUACAAGGAAGAUCGUGAUAGUGGCAAGGCACUUAUCCAAACCAUAAGUAAGUCCAACGCGAUGAGUGAUUUAGCUAACAAUCCUAUGUUGCUGCUGCUUAUGUGCUUAUUGUGGAGGGAAAGUGAACAACUCCCCGAAACAUCUUCGCGCCUUUUCUCUGAGGCAGUUGAUUACAUGUUCACGAGAAAACCAGAAAUCUCCGGCGAAGAUGUACCAAAAACAUUGAUUGCAAUAGGAAAAACUGCGCUGCAAGGACUCAUAGGUGCUAACCAGUAUUUCUCAUUUCAAGAAGAUGAGUUUGAAUCCAAGGCGCUGGACAUAGCACUAAGAGCAGGCAUCCUGACCCAGCAGAGAGUUAUCAAGAACCGUAAAUCCCACAACAACAUACAAUUCACGCACAAGACUAUGCAGGAAUACUGUGCAGCGACAUACUUACAGAGUGUUCAUAUGUCCAACAGGGGACUUGCAAAGCGUGCGGCGUACAAAGUUGCAGAAUUCGGAGAAUUUCAUAAAAACUUAAAGCAGCUUUGUCUUAGAAUUGAGGGCGUUGUUUCAAACGAUUUUCUAUUACGUUUUUGUUGUGGUGACAAUGAAAAGUGCAUGAAAGACAUCGUAAAGUUUCUUGACCGUAAGUUCGGUAAGGAUCGAGAUAGGCCCAUGUAUCAAUCGGGUGUUAUACAAGCGAUUAGUCGAAACUGCGUUUUCGAAAGCCAGUCAGGAAACGUCCCACGGUGUCUCACCAGCGACUCACUUAUCCCAUCAACUAUCAGUGUAUACGGCAAUAGUGAUUUGCGCAGUCUCGUACACCUUCUUAAAAUCAUGUGUAGGUCCGCGGACAGCCACAUGACACGACUGGCACCCGUUGAAACCAUUAAGGUUUCUCGCGUGUCUUCAGUCAAGGAUUUAGCCUUCGCCCUGGAUUACAUGAAAACCCUCAGGAAUCUGAGGUUCUACAGUUGUCCUUUAGCGGAGGGAGAUCUUGAGAAAACCCUGACGUCACUAAAAUGCAACCAACUCUUGACUGAUCUUUGUAUAAAGUCGGACAGUACAUUGGGAGGUAGAGCUAUAGAAUGGGCCCCUCAUAUCAAACACUUGACAAGCCUCAACAAACUUGAGAUAAGUUACUGCAAACUACAGGGAACAGAUAUUGAACACAUUGCCUCGUCUAUUCGUGACAUGCCCAGACUGACUGACUUGAUCCUUGCCGGCAACACAGCGUUGGGCGGAUCGGCUGACUCGUGGACCAAGAAUUUGCUGCGAUUUACGAAUGUAGAGACGUUGAACCUGAGCAAUUGUGCAUUGCAAUGGACAGACAUUGAACACAUUGCUUUUGAUGUAAAUGACAUGCCCAGCCUGACUGACUUGAUCCUCAGUGACAACCCGGCACUUGACGUAUCGGCUACGAAGUUGUCUUGUUACUUGUUAAGAGUGAAGGAAAAACACACACUGGACCUGAGCAAUUUCUCACUAACGGGGAAAGAUCUUGGUACGAUUUACUUUAUGGUAAACCACAUUCCCGCAUUGACCACCUUGAUCCUUGCCGGCAACACAAAGUUGGGUGGGUCGAUGGAGUUGCGGGCUAUGAAUUUGUUGCGAUUAAACAACGUACAUACGUGGAACAUGAGCAAUUGUUCAUUGCAAUGGACAGACAUUGAACACAUUGCCUGGGUUGUAAGUGACAUGCCCAGACUGACUGACUUGAUCCUCUCUGACAACCCGGCACUUGACGUAUCGACUGAGAAAUUGUCCCGUUACUUGUUAAGAGUAAAGCAAAAAGACACGCUGGACCUAAGCAAUUUCUCACUAACAUGGGAAGAUAUUGGAACAAUAUCUGCUGUGAUAAAGCACAUUCCUGAACUGAUUAACUUGAGCCUUGCCGGCAACACAUCGUUGGGGGGGUCGGCUGAGUUGUGGGUCAAUAAUUUGUCGCGACUUAGGACCUUACUAACCUUGAACCUUAGCAAUUGUGCAUUGCAAUGGACAGACAUUAAACACAUUGCCUCGGCUGUCAGUGACAUGCCCAGACUGACUGACUUGAUCCUUGCUGGCAACACAUCGUUGGGGGGGUCGGCUGAGUUGUGGGUCAGAAAUUUGUCGCGAUUUACGAACAUACAGACCUUGAACCUUAGCAAUUGUGCAUUGCAAUGGACAGACAUUAAACACAUUGCCUCGGCUGUCAGUGACAUGCCCAGGCUGACUGACUUGAUCCUCACUGACAACCCGGCACUUGGCGUAUUGACUGAGAAGUGGUCCCGUUACUUGUUAAGAGUGAAGGAAAAACACACGCUGGACCUGAGCAAUUCCUCACUAACGUGGGAAGAUGUUGGUAUGAUUUGCGUUGUGGUAAGCCACAUUCCUGCGAUGACUGACUUGAUCCUUGCCGGCAACAAAUCUUUGGGCGGAUCGGCUGAGUUGUCUGUCAAUAUUGUGUCGCCAGUUACGAACAUACAGACGUUGAACCUGAGCAAUUGUGCAUUACAAUGGACAGACAUUGAAUACAUUGCCUCAUCUGCAAGCGACAUGCCCAGACUGACUGACUUGAUCCUUGCCGGCAACAAAUCUUUGGGCGGAUCGGCUGAUUUGUCUGUCAAUAAUUUGUCGCGAUUUACGAACAUACAGACGUUGAACCUGAGCAAUUGUGCAUUACAAUGGACAGACAUUGAACACAUUGCCUCAUCUGCAAGCGACAUGCCCAGACUGACUGACUUGAUCCUUGCCGGCAACACAGCGUUGGGCGGAUGGGCUAGGUGGUGGGCCCAGGAUUUGUCGCGAUUUACGAACAUAAAAACGUUGAACCUGAGCAAUUGUACAUUGCAAUGCACAGACAUUGAAUUCAUCGUCUCGGCUGUACGUGACAUGCGAAGACUGACUGAUUUGAUCCUUGCAUACAACACAGCAUUAUGCGGAUCGCCUAAGUUGUGGGCAAAGCAUUUCUCGCAACUUACGAACAUACAGACGUUGAACCUGAGCAAUUGUACAGUGCAAUUCGUCACAGAGCUGACAAGGCCGUUUUUUUUUAAUUACUUGGAUUACGGAAUCGCCGCCGGAAAAAAUCGGAAUUUUGAAAAAAAUUAAAAAAAUCGCCGCCGGAAAUUGUCGAUUCUGACUACCCAAAAAAAAAAAAAAAAAAAAAAAA